ACUGCGAAGAGUCUUUUUUUAAGAGGAGAAAAGAAAAAUAAAAAGUAGGUUUCCGUCCGCCUCUUCUCGUCUCCGGACUCUAGCGCCGGCGACGCCGUAGCGAUCGGCCUUCCUAAUCUCUUCUCAUCAGCGCAGUUGGAAGAAGUCAAUCACCUCAACCCCUCCUUUUGUUGGUCCUCCUCCCCGGAACCGACGCUGCGGUGCUUCACAAGCGAACUAUAUUUGAUCACUCCAUCUAAUUAGUCAUGACAAGUGAAGAAUCUAAAGGUUUGCUGAAGGAUAUGGAUUGGAAGACAGCAAGCAAUGCUGCUAGUGAUUCAAGUGGGCCAGUUACUAAAAAGCGACUUCCAAAGAAGAUUAGACAGGUGCCUGACUACUAUUUUCUUCCACGAAGGUCCUUGCCUGCUACGGUUGCAUUUUAUGGUGCUUUUUGUGCUGCUGGAGUAGGAGCAGGAAUGUUACUUGAGGUUUGGAUUAAGAAAAAGAUUAAAGAGGAUAGUGGAGUCAUUUGGGAAUUUGACUGACACUGAGAGCCAUUCAUAUGGAUGCAGCAAUUCAGCACACCUAGAAUCAUCAGAGUUCCUCGUUGCGUAGAAUUGUUUGCAAUCCGCUUCUUGUUGGUUAUCCAUCUUUAUUUGUAGGCACCCAUUUUCCAGGAGUACUGCGUCUUCAUCAAAUGGGGGAAAAGUUGUAACCUUCGAAUAAAAGGAAUGACAAACCUUGUAAGGGUUGAUCUUUUUUCUAUCUUGGUUGUGUUAUCCUAGUAAACAUUGACUGUGAAAUUUUAUGUCAAAAUUUUGGCAGAUGCAGCUAUUCUUAUUUCCACACUUUCA